UGUAUGUGUAUAUAAUAUGCUAUGAAUGUGUGUGUGUCGUUCUCGCCGUUAUCUUCAAUAUCCACCGAAAAAUUGUAUACAAUUGAGUUUUAUUAAGUAUUGAGAUAUCUAAUAGGACAGGUUAGGUAGGUAUAACAGGAAACACGCGCCCGAGUAUUAACGCGGAAUUCUAAUGCACGGAACUGAAUUGAACUGAUUUUACUGAUUCAUUUUAUUAAUUAUCUACUCGAUCAGAGUAUUAACUAUUAAAUGUUCGUAGUAGUAUAGUGUGAUUUGUAUGAUUUAAUUUUUGUUCGAAAGUAUAAUAAUGGUUUUUCUUGAUUAAUAAGUAUCGAAUUAAUAUUCAGAAUGAUAAAGAAUAAAGUUACCAUAAUUCCAGUCACUGAAGAUGUUGAAUGUAUUAUAAAGAAAAGCUGUAAUGAUCAUCAUGACAAUAAAGAAAUAACAAUAACUAAUAAAUGGAGGAAAGUUGUAUCAAAUAAACAAAAUUAUGAAAAUCAAAAUUCUAUUAAAAUGAAUGAAGUGAAUACAAAUAUAAAUAAAUUGGACACACAAUUAUCAUUCCAGAAAUACCAUCAAAAUAGACCAUCACUAGUUAAAAGCUAUAAAUAUAGAAAACACACAAAUGAUCAAUACUAUUUUAAUAAAAAAUAUAUUUGUGAUAAUAAUUUACUAUCAGAACAAUCAUCACCAAAAUAUGAUAUGCCUAAAAAUGAGGACCAAAUAAAAAAUAAUGUAUACAAUUUAAAAAAUACAAAUGUUGAUGAUAGUGAACACGAGUCUAAAACAAUGAUUGCCAAAACACAAAAAAAUAAAACAGCUAUUUCUUUAUUAAAUGAAUGGGCUAUGCGUGGUGAUGGAACGCAUCGUACGUUUGAUGUAUCGUAUGUGCUCAUGGCUAUUACUGGACAUGCACAUAAGCCAAUAUUUACAUACAUGUGUCAAAUAGACAAUAUUAAAGCUUUAGGAGAAGGGAAAUCUAAAAAGGAAGCAAAACAAAAUGCUGCUGCCCAAAUGUGUGAAAAACAUUUUGAUUUUAAAAUUGACUUUUUAAACGACAAUGAUAAAAUUAUAACAUCUACUACUACCACAGAUAACUUUGAAGUUAAUGAAAAUGUUACAUUUUUAAGUAGUAAUGAAGGAUCACAAAUUAUAGAUGAAACUAAUUCAGAUAAGGGUGAUGAAAAAUUACAACAAUUUAAAAAUGAAGAAGUACAAAUUGCAUAUUGUGAUAUGAAUCCUGUUGGAGCCUUGCAAGAGUUAUGCACUACUUAUAAAUGGAUACCUCCAUCUUACUGUUUUGAUAUAUUAAACAAAAAUCAAAGGGAAUGUAAAACAGUAUUAUAUAAAGUUAUUUGUGAAGUUUUUCAUUUACAAACAAUGGGAACUGCUAGUGUCAAAAAAGAAGCUAAACGUAAAGCUGCACGUUUAAUGUUUGAAAAGAUUUUUGACAUUGGCGCAGACAAAUUAAAUGAAUUAAAAUCUUCAUAUCCAAUAACACUGUUAUCAACUGAGGAUGAUGAACAAAAUAAAAGCAAUAUAUAUAAUGAAGAAAAUCAAAAACUAUCAAAUAAAUGGUUUUCAGCAUAUUGUUUUCGAUCAUAUUUUACAGAAGCAAUCGCUGCUAGAACAAAAACGAACGAUGAAACAGUAAUUCCUUUAAUUGAGAAUAAGGAUAAUCCAACACAAAUGGAUCAACAGCUAGAACUAUAUACAACGGAAAUCGAGCAAUAUAUUGAAAAUUAUGAUCCAAAUGCAAGCAAUGUUAAUAAAUUAGAUACUUUAUGCAAGGAACUAGGGUUCCAAGCAAUUUAUGUGUGUCUGGGAGUUCAAAAAAAAGAAGAUAUUAAAAAUAAUAUCGGCCAAGAUGAAAAGUAUGCUGUAUUGGUACAAGUAACUUCUUUACCAGUCACCGUUACAACUGGAUAUGGAGCCACUGCAGAUAUAGCAGCAGAAGAAGCUGCUAAAUCUAUAUUACAAACGUUUAAAGCAAUGUUGCUCUUUACUAAACCAGCCACCAUUAAUUUAAAUAAUAAUAAGGAAGAGAAAAUUGUAAAUGUAUUGUAAACAUUUAAGUAGUUGUAAUUGAAAAUU